CUUCUCUGAUCCACGUAUCCCUUGCUCGGAGAGCAAGGCUCUCGCAGGUCGAAAUGAACGCUACCCCUUUCGACCGUUGUUGUUUGUUGUUUGCAUUCCUCGCCAUACCAGUCUUAGUGUGCCUUGUGUCGUCAUCAUCGUCCAACCUGACGCCUCACGCGACCUGCGUAUAUAUCAUACUGUUCGUACUUAGCUGCGCCCUGACCCCGCCUCAGGAGGAGGAGUGGCGUCCAUUUAGCCACCGGUCGAUAGCGCACGCGCGUCUCGACUUGACGGCGACCAUGUACAGCCAGUCGAGCAUCGUGCAAAAAUGUACAAGUGAACGGUUGACUUGGAACGUACGCGUUGAACGUCCAUACGUCCGAACCGUGAGAACUGGCGCGCCGCGACCGCCUCCUCUACCUUUAUCUGCCAGACAGCUGAGUGCGGGCCUUGCGGGGGUGCGGAUGCGGGCGGCUCCAUAGUAUGAUGCACGGCCAAUCUGCUUCUGUCAGCCUAGUACUCGUGAACGCAUUCAGCAAGACAAUAAAGAAGAACGAAGUUACAGUAAGACUCUCACGCGA